ACACUGUCGACUAAGACUUAAACUCAUAUGCCAAUGUUCACACGGUGGUGUAUGGUAAACUAUUGGAAUUCUGUCUGAAGAUACGCAUGGAAAUGUAUACUACAUCAGCUCUCCUAUUUGUGCUUGUAACCACUGUGGUGGCGGAAACGUGUGUAGACAAGAAUGCUGCAGCAUGUACGGCUCUGAUGGGAACGGUAAAGGAUAUGUGUUCCGAACCUUGCUUAGCUGACCUUUGUAGAGCAACAUGUGGACUUUGUCCACUUACCUGUUUCUCAUGUGUUGAUGAGCUUUAUCCAGAAGAAUGCAACAAAUCUGUUCAGUGUAAUAGUGUUCACGAGUACUGUGUUGCGGUACAGGAGCUUAACAGCGAUUUUAUACCUUUAUUCCAAUCCGGGUGUGCCGAUGUUGAUAGAUGUUUGAGCAUAUUUGGCCAAAUCAAUGCUAAGAGGACGAUUCAGAACAGGGCAUAUACAUUAAAGGGAGGUUGUUGUGACCAUAACAAUUGCAACUAUCACGACCCUGCUUUGAGACCAGUUGACCCCACACCAGCAACUAUCGUCCGUCCUGUAUAUCCUACUGGCUCUUUGGAUGACAAUGUGUGUAGUGAACGCGAUGUAGACACCGCCUUCUGUGCAGCUAUACUGCAGGCUGAUCCCAACAUCUGUAACACGACGUGUGUAGCAAACAAGCUUUGUGCAUCCUCAUGCCAAACAUGCAGGAAAUGCUACGACUGUCAGGGCGUAGAUAAUAAAAUUGACUGUUUGACGAGCUCGACAUGCAGAAAAAAUCAGGCAUGCGUGACAGUGGAAACGCUUGGCGCUAAUUUCGAACUUCAGUAUAGACUAGGAUGUAUGGACAGAACGCAAUGUAGCAGACUCUUUGGUACAUCAAUUGGAGCGCCCGCAAUCGGCAAGAGGAAACGCCAGAUUCAAGGAAGUUGUUGCGAUAGUGAUUAUUGCCAACAUGUUCCAGCAUCAACAUUGCCGACGACAACAUUACCGAUGACUACAUUGCCGACGACAACAUUACCGACGACUACAUUGCCGACGACAACAUUACCGACGACAAUGGCGUCUACUAUUGCUCCAACAAAUACUGAUUCGCCUACUACUACAAUCACCGGAAUGAAUACCACGACAGUUGCCGCUUCAGCAAGUACACUGUACCCAUGCAAAGACUACGACAAAUCGGGUUACUGUAGUAAAUACGUGCCACUUAUUUGUAAUACGGGAGAUCCGUUAUCAAAAAAAUUUGCCAUCGCCAAUUGUGCCUUAAGCUGCAACCUUUGUACGGAAUUUUAUGCUUUAGUAGCUUCCGGAGAAAUUGUCAUAUCUACAUAGUUCAAGACGGAUAUUUAUCAGCCGAUCAUCAAAUAAAAACAAAUGUAUUUUCGUAAAAUUAAAUCAAUGUACAUUAUUACCUA